AUGGAUAACCGAAGGACUUGGUGGCAGCAGUGGACUGACAUCAAUAUCAAACCUUUGAACGUCAUGAGGGCCACUCACGAGCCCUAUGCCCGGCCGGAGGAGCAAGUACUGAUCAACCGCAGAGACAUCACUAGCACGAGGGAUACCUGGGACAUGCAGGAGUUCAUCACUCGCAUGUACCUCAAGCAGCUGCUUCGUCACCCAGCCUUCCAGCUGCUGCUGGCCUUGCUGCUGGUGGUCAACGCCAUCACCAUUGCUCUGCGCACCAACUCCUUCCUUGGCCAGAAACACUAUGAGUUGUUCUCUACCAUAGAUGACAUUGUGCUGACCAUCCUUAUCUGUGAGGUCCUCCUCGGCUGGUUAAAUGGCUUCUGGAUUUUCUGGAAGGACGGCUGGAACAUCCUCAACUUCCUUAUCAUCUUUAUCUUGCUCCUGGGGUUCUUCAUUAAUGAACUCAGUGCUAUCUCUAUCACCUAUACUCUCAGGGCGCUUCGUCUGGUGCACGUGUGCAUGGCGGUGGAGCCUCUGGCCCGGAUCAUCCGUGUCAUCCUGCAGUCGGUGCCUGACAUGGCCAAUAUCAUGACCCUCAUCCUCUUCUUCAUGCUGGUGUUCUCCGUGUUCGGGGUCACUCUCUUUGGUGCGUUUGUGCCCAUGCAUUUCCAGAACAUGCAGGUUGCCCUGUAUACCCUUUUCAUCUGCAUCACCCAAGAUGGCUGGGUGGACAUCUACAGGGACUUUCAGAUGGAGACAAGAGAGUACGCAAUGGAGAUUGGGGGUGCUGUCUACUUCGCCAUCUUCAUCACCAUCGGUGCCUUCAUUGGCAUCAACCUGUUGGUCGUUGUGGUGACCACCAAUCUGGAGCAAAUGAUGAAGGCAGGCGAGCACGGACAACUGCAUCAGACAACCUUCCGUGAGACAGGCAAGGAGGAGGAGGAUGGAAGUAACUACCUGCCACUGGUGCACUGUGCGGUCGCCCGUUUGGAGAUGUCUGGCCUCCCCCAGGAGCCACUUACGGGGGGCAACCUGUCUAACCUCUCGGAAAACACCUGUGACAACUUUUGCCUGGUGCUCGAGGCAAUACAGGAGAACUUGAUGCAGUACAAGGAGAUCCGAGAUGAGCUUAACAUGAUAGUAGAGGAGGUGCGCUCCAUCCGCUUCAACCAGGAGCAGGAGGAGGAGCUGAUGCACAAGCAUGUGUCCCUGAGCCUGUCGGUGGCGAGUGGGUCCUCCCUGGACAUCCACGACAUGACUUGCCAGCAAGACUUGAUCACUGCGCUCAUCAACAGGGAUAAGGUUCAAGAAUCCAACACAAACCUGCUCCUUAACAAACACAAGGCCAGCCGCUGA